UCCCACAGUGCUGGGAUUACAGGCGUGAGCCACCGUGUCUGGCCACUAAAACCUUUUUCUCUACUCACUUGAAUUUACAACCUCAUUGUGGGAUUUUCUAGGCAGCUAUUCCACUGGGACAUUUUGCUAGUCCAGGUGGCCUAGCUGCUGUAGCAAGCAACCGCCAACUCCAGCCAUGUAACACAAUCAAAGGGUAUGUCUAUGGCUCUGUCCUUUCUAGCUACCCAGAAUCCUCCUCUGCGUCCUCAGCUGGCAGAGGAGAAAAAGAGAGAACAGGAUCGUGUGUGGGAAGGCUUUACGGACUAGAUACUCUGGUCACAUUCUGCUGGCCAGAACUUGAUCUUCCAAUCCAUCUAACCGGAGGGAGGCUGGGAAAGGCCAGCCAUACACCAUUGCCAUCAGUGCUGACCAGGUGCUUGAUGAGCCAUGGUCUCUUAGUGCCCUGUGGGACAUGUAAAUUUUUGAAGUGUUUUCUCAAGUGUGAUCUCACUCCAGCCUCAUAGCACUGACAACCCUAUGAGGAAGUAAGAUGAGUGCUUCUAACUCCCAGUUCAGAACUGUGGAGACUGAGGUCUAGGGAGAUAAGUGUCAUGGGCAAAUGUAGGCACUUAGGUAGGGACACAAAGGAUAUGGAGAUGGCGCUUGAGCAAAGAGCUCUCAUGCUGGCCGGCCCUGUCUGACAGGACACAAGAGCACUCACUCUGGGUGUGCCUGGGUCACCCUCUGCAUGUAGUGGGCAUGGGAGAACAGGGCUGCUUAGCGAGAGGAAAUUGGUGGCUGACUGGAGUGCUUCUUCUAUCCUGGAGUGUGGCAAGAGAGGAAGUUGUCUCUUGCCUUUUGUAAGUUGCAGCCGAAUGGUGAGGGGUGACAGUAUUGCUACUGGUAGGAAGACUUGGACAGCGGGGACAGAAUGGCUAUAAACCUGGCACUUUGUGGGAGCUGCCCCCUCACCUUGACUUUGAUCAUUGUCCCUUUCUUAUCACGUCCAUGGGACACUAGCAUUGAAAAAUUGGGGCUUUUUUCUUCACAUUUCCAUUUCUCAUUUAAUUAUUUUAAAACAUCUGAUGUUGCAGUGAGAUCAGCUGUGAUACCUCAUCUGUUCUAUUUUGAGCUGCAAGGAGACAAAUGGAGAAUGCUGCCACCUCCCCUCCUGGAAAGGACUGUGCUCCCAGGAGCCCAAUGGAUGGACCGAGCCAAGGCAGCUCUGGGCACACUUUCGAUGCCUUCCCCUCCAGGGGAAUGCCUGGGUUUCCUUAUCAUGCAGAUGCCUUGAACUAACCUGGUCAAAACCUAGAGACACAAAAUCACAGAUGGUUGCACAGGUUGUUGGAGUAGCAAAGACAGCACUAAGUAGCAGAAAGAAGAUAAGGCAUUGAGUCCUGUGCUCCGGGCUGAGUACUGUCACUCCUAAUUGAACAGCCACUGAACUUUGUUUCCUCAUCUAUGCAAAAGAAAUAACAUUUUUCCUACCACUCUCACUGGGUUCUUAUGAGGAUUACACAAGAUAAUGUGUAUAAAAAUGCUUUGUAAAUGGAAAAGCACUCUGCAAUUUAAGACAUUAUUAUAUUAAUAGUAACAAUCACCAUUUGCAAUUCUGGUGAUUCACUUGGGGGAGGAGGCCAUAGAUCUCAUCACUGCUACCAUUACUACCUCACAUUGUACUUCACAGCUGCAAUUACCUUGUACGAUUUCAUUUGAUACAUUACUGAUCAUUCAGUGUUAGAACUGGAAAACAUCUUGGGGAUUAACUAAUCCAACUGUAUCACUUUAUAGAUGGUGACCUGGCACCUGGAAGGGAGAGUCUUAUUUGAGGUCAUUAGAACUCAGGACUGUGGGCUGUCAUUCCUAGGGAGUGGGUUGUUUUGCUUUGGAUUAUGGUUCCCUGUCGUUUCUGAAGGGCUAGACAUGGGAACGUCGGGUGGGACGUUGAUCCUUAGUCAUUAGGUGGAGUCUCAGCCUGACUCAUGUCUGCUUACUCGCGUCGACCCCGCUCUGAGCUCCAAUGCUCAAGGUUCUGGGCAUGUGGACAGUGCUUAGGGGAGAAGCUCACAUGCUAAGAAGCUUGGACACCGGGUCAAAGACAGGAGGAAGUAGGAACUCAAGUGGUUUGCUGUCAAGAAAAGGAGACCAGGGCAAUUUCAGAACAAAGAAGGUGGAGGUGCUUCUGGUCUCAACCUUGGUCUUUAUCAGACCCCACUGCCUUUGUGUGCUCUCUCUCACUGUCCACUCCAGGGGCUCAGGCUGCCAGGGCACACUCAGUGGGCACAGCUGCAGGACUGUGAGACCUCCUCCAAAGAGAAGACUGAGGGGCCUCCAGCAUUGUCAGAAGUGUUCAAAGUGUGGUCAGAAUUCAUCUGGAUAGAAGAACAAGCACAAGCAGGAGGCCCAGAAGAUUAACAAUGGCUCAAGCCAGGCGGAUGGCACUCUGAAACCAGUGGAUGAAAAAGAGGAGGCAGUGGCCGCCGAGGUCGGCUGGAUGACCUCCGUGAAGGACUGGGCGGGGGUGAUGAUAUCCGCCCAGACACUGACUGGCAGAGUCCUGGUUGUCUUAGUCUUUGCUCUCAGCAUCGGUGCACUUGUAAUAUACUUCAUAGAUUCGUCAAACCCAAUAGAAUCCUGCCAGAAUUUCUACAAAGAUUUCACAUUACAGAUCGACAUGGCUUUCAACGUGUUCUUCCUUCUCUACUUUGGCUUGCGGUUUAUUGCAGCCAAUGAUAAGCUGUGGUUCUGGCUGGAAGUGAACUCUGUAGUGGAUUUCUUCACGGUGCCUCCCGUGUUUGUGUCUGUGUACUUAAACAGAAGUUGGCUUGGUUUGAGAUUUUUAAGAGCUCUGAGACUGAUACAGUUUUCAGAAAUUUUGCAGUUUCUGAAUAUUCUUAAAACAAGUAAUUCCAUCAAGCUGGUGAAUCUGCUCUCCAUAUUUAUCAGCACGUGGCUGACUGCAGCCGGGUUCAUCCAUUUGGUGGAGAAUUCAGGGGACCCAUGGGAAAAUUUCCAAAACAACCAGGCUCUCACCUACUGGGAAUGUGUCUAUUUACUCAUGGUCACAAUGUCCACCGUUGGUUAUGGGGAUGUUUAUGCAAAAACCACGCUUGGGCGCCUCUUCAUGGUCUUCUUCAUCCUCGGGGGACUGGCCAUGUUUGCCAGCUACGUCCCUGAAAUCAUAGAGUUAAUAGGAAACCGCAAGAAAUACGGGGGCUCCUAUAGUGCGGUUAGUGGAAGAAAGCACAUUGUGGUCUGCGGACACAUCACUCUGGAGAGUGUUUCCAACUUCCUGAAGGACUUUCUGCAUAAGGACCGGGAUGACGUCAAUGUGGAGAUCGUUUUUCUUCACAACAUCUCCCCCAACCUGGAGCUUGAAGCUCUGUUCAAACGACAUUUUACUCAGGUGGAAUUUUAUCAGGGUUCAGUCCUCAAUCCACAUGAUCUUGCAAGAGUCAAGAUAGAGUCAGCAGAUGCCUGCCUGAUCCUUGCCAACAAGUACUGCGCUGACCCGGAUGCGGAGGAUGCCUCGAACAUCAUGAGAGUAAUCUCCAUAAAGAACUACCAUCCGAAGAUAAGAAUCAUCACUCAAAUGCUGCAGUAUCACAACAAGGCCCAUCUGCUAAACAUCCCGAGCUGGAAUUGGAAAGAAGGUGAUGACGCAAUCUGCCUCGCAGAGCUGAAGUUGGGCUUCAUAGCCCAGAGCUGCCUGGCUCAAGGCCUCUCCACCAUGCUUGCCAACCUCUUCUCCAUGAGGUCAUUCAUAAAGAUUGAGGAAGACACGUGGCAGAAAUACUACUUGGAAGGAGUCUCAAAUGAAAUGUACACAGAAUAUCUCUCCAGUGCCUUCGUGGGUCUAUCCUUCCCUACUGUUUGUGAGCUGUGUUUUGUGAAGCUCAAGCUCCUAAUGAUAGCCAUUGAGUACAAGUCUGCCAACCGAGAGAGCCGAAGCCGAAAGCGUAUAUUAAUUAAUCCUGGAAACCAUCUUAAGAUCCAAGAAGGUACUUUAGGAUUUUUCAUCGCAAGUGAUGCCAAAGAAGUUAAAAGGGCAUUUUUUUACUGCAAGGCCUGUCAUGAUGACAUCACAGAUCCCAAAAGAAUAAAAAAAUGUGGCUGCAAACGGCUGAUAUAUUCCAAGAUGUCCAUCUACAAGAGAAUGAGACGAGCAUGUUGUUUUGAUUGCGGACGUUCUGAGCGUGACUGCUCGUGCAUGUCAGGCCGUGUGCGUGGUAACGUGGACACCCUUGAGAGAGCCUUCCCACUUUCUUCUGUCUCUGUUAAUGAUUGCUCCACCAGUUUCCGUGCCUUUGAAGAUGAGCAGCCGUCAACGCUAUCACCAAAAAAAAAGCAACGGAAUGGAGGCAUGCGGAACUCACCCAACUCCUCGCCUAAGCUGAUGAGGCAUGACCCCUUGUUAAUUCCUGGCAAUGACCAGAUUGACAACAUGGACUCCAAUGUGAAGAAGUACGACUCUACUGGGAUGUUUCACUGGUGCGCGCCCAAGGAGAUAGAGAAGGUCAUCCUGACUCGAAGUGAAGCCGCCAUGACCGUCCUGAGUGGCCAUGUCGUGGUCUGCAUCUUUGGCGAUGUCAGCUCAGCCCUGAUCGGCCUUCGGAACCUGGUGAUGCCGCUCCGUGCCAGCAACUUUCAUUACCAUGAGCUCAAGCACAUUGUGUUUGUGGGCUCUAUUGAGUACCUCAAGCGGGAAUGGGAGACGCUUCAUAACUUCCCCAAAGUGUCCAUAUUGCCUGGUACACCAUUAAGUCGGGCUGAUUUAAGGGCUGUCAACAUCAACCUCUGUGACAUGUGCGUUAUCCUGUCAGCCAAUCAGAAUAAUAUUGAUGAUACUUCGCUGCAGGACAAGGAAUGCAUCUUGGCGUCACUCAACAUCAAAUCUAUGCAGUUUGAUGACAGCAUCGGGGUCUUGCAGGCUAAUUCCCAAGGGUUCACACCUCCAGGAAUGGAUAGAUCCUCUCCAGAUAACAGCCCAGUGCACGGGAUGUUACGUCAACCAUCCAUCACAACUGGGGUCAACAUCCCCAUCAUCACUGAACUAGCUAAACCGGGCAAGUUGCCUUUGGUAUCAGUCAAUCAGGAAAAAAACAGUGGGACGCACAUUCUAAUGAUAACUGAACUGGUGAAUGAUACUAAUGUUCAGUUUUUGGACCAAGACGAUGAUGAUGACCCCGAUACAGAACUGUACCUCACGCAGCCCUUUGCCUGCGGGACAGCGUUUGCCGUCAGUGUCCUGGACUCGCUCAUGAGCGCGACAUACUUCAAUGACAAUAUCCUCACCCUGAUACGGACCCUGGUGACCGGAGGAGCCACACCGGAGCUGGAAGCUCUGAUUGCUGAGGAGAACGCCCUUAGAGGUGGCUACAGCACCCCGCAGACACUGGCCAAUAGGGACCGCUGCCGCGUGGCCCAGUUAGCUCUGCUCGAUGGGCCAUUUGCAGACUUAGGGGAUGGUGGUUGUUAUGGUGAUCUGUUCUGCAAAGCUCUGAAAACAUAUAAUAUGCUUUGUUUUGGAAUUUACCGGUUGAGAGAUGCCCACCUCAGCACCCCCAGUCAGUGCACAAAGAGGUAUGUCAUCACCAACCCCCCCUACGAGUUUGAGCUCGUGCCGACGGACCUGAUCUUCUGCUUAAUGCAGUUUGACCACAACGCCGGCCAGUCCCGGGCCAGCCUGUCCCAUUCCUCCCACUCGUCGCAGUCCUCCAGCAAGAAGAGCUCCUCUGUUCACUCCAUCCCAUCCACGGCAAACCGACAGAACCGGCCCAAGUCCAGGGAGUCCCGGGACAAACAGAAUGCAACAAGGAUGAAUAGAAUGGGCCAAGCAGAAAAGAAAUGGUUUACAGAUGAACCGGAUAAUGCCUAUCCCAGAAACAUUCAAAUCAAGCCCAUGAGUACCCACAUGGCUAACCAGAUCAACCAAUAUAAAUCCACAAGCAGCUUGAUUCCACCAAUCAGAGAAGUUGAAGAUGAAUGUUGACUCCCAGGAGACCAGAACUAUUUUUUUAAAGCCUGACAAACUUCAUCAAUGGUGAUGUGACUUUUCUUCUUACAUGCUGAAUCACUGGUGGAAACGUUAGGAUAAGCAAGAAUUGCCAGAAAAUAAAGUAGACAGAUCUUUCUCUUUGUCUGCCUUGAAUAUUGCUUCCAUGUAUUUUGGAAAAGAAAAUGAUUUCAUUUAUAAAUGAACAUACUAAAAUAGUCAUGUAUAGCCUCUAGCAUUUUAAAUUAUUUUUGUUUAUUAGAAAGAAAAUAUAUUUUUUCUUUUCUUUCCAUUGUCAAAUAUCUUCCCUAUAUCUAAACAAUGCAAACUCUAAAUGAAUAAGUGGCCAGACUCCUUAAUGCGUUUUUCUCUUCUUUCUCUCUUUUUCUUUUGAGGAGAAUGAUGGUCACCACCACAAUUAAUUGUAAUUAAUUUUAAUGAAUUAUUAAAACAAUUUUAAAAUGGCCAACGAUGUAUACAUGUAUUUUAGUAAGUCCAAAAAAGACGACGAAGGGGACAGGUGAAUACCUGCUCCUCGCCUGGAUGGGUGUGUGUUUUGAUCUGCAUUGACACCAGCUCUUAAUAAAUGGAAACUUAUUUAUUUUCACAGUUGAAAGUCAUAUUUUUGUAGUUUUAGUUUUCAUUCUGUAGUUCUCACCCCUUUGUUCAUAUUUUUAAAGGGAAGACCUUCUUGCUGCUUUUCUACAAUUGGCAGAUCAGGUUUGUCUGGCCAACUAAGGAUACCAGGAGGGUUGUGGGCAAGCCUGGGAUGUGGAAGCUGAGGACCAGAUGCGCACAAGGCAUUGCUCUGUUUGCUGUUCUAGUGGUGGGGACUCCUACAUGCUGUAUGCUUCUCAUUUUGUAUUUCCAAACCACCUGAGCGAGUAAUGUCAACUUCGGGAGGGUCUGGUGGACUUCCUCCCCACUCCCCAAGUCUCAGAGCUUUUAGCCUGGAAGUUUGUAAAACUGAUCAAUAGUUUUACUUUACCAUAGGCUAUGAGAGGGCAUUCAUUCUUCUCACUGAGUUUUUGUUUAAAAACCAGGAAAUUUCUACAAUCAUGGAGACGGGAUUUUAAUUUGCAUGCUCUCCUUUAUUUAGUUGCUGGGGCCAAACACGUGAACUUGUUACAACAAUUUAAAAAAUAAUAAUAACAAAAGGAAAGCAAUGAAUGCACUUCAUAUAGACUGUUAGAAAAGGCCUUUGAAAAUUACCAGCAGUGAAAUCAAAUAUAUCAGCCACUUUAAACUGCGGUCAAAAGAUUUUUCUAGCCAUCAGAUGCAAUUACAAUGUCUCAGAGCUCUGCUGUCGCUUGCAUGCUAGGUGUACAGUCUCCCGGCAACUGUUUUGUUCCAAUCAACUUAGCAAGUCUUUCAACUUUAAAAUUAUCAGUCUUUGAUAUGAUCAUCAAGGUCUCUGGAGAAGCAUGGAUGUGAUAGUGAUUUCUAUUUUCUUAAAAAAAAUGUAAACUGUGGACACUUAAAGGAACCAAGCUAACCAAAGUAUCUCCCCAAAAUUUCAUGAUAUCUAGUCCAUUAACUCUUUGGACCAUGACCUGUGGUACUUAGUUAUGGUAGUGCAAAUCAGAUCAGAGCAAAGCAAUGAGAUCAUCAUGAAGACAUAUGUCCACUAAGUACUCCAAUUACCAAUGUAGGCAAAAUGAGCUUCCACCUCUGUCCACUCCCUGCAGAGCCAAUAUAGUCGUGCUUCCACCUCGUAGGCAUUGUCCUGCAGUGACUUGUCGGACUGUGGUUACUCUGUCGUCACAUUUUGUAGAAUUAGUUCUAUAAAAGUAUUGUGAAUAUAAUGUAUGUCCAAUUGGAUUGUUUAAAAACUACUUAUAAUUAAUCACUAGCCUACUCAGCAGACUAAAAUGACGUCAACAGUCUAUAUUCAGGCUUAUAAACAUUUCUUGGUUUCCAACAGAAGUCAAAUGUGUUUGUGGGGAGAACCUUUUGCCAGGAUUUUGACAACUUUCCUGAAAGCUAGGCCUUCUUUUACAUAAUGAUUUUGCACUGGGGUCACCUUAGUACAUUCACGUCAAUCCACGCUCUUCUUUCCUUCGUGAACCAUAGUGGGCUCUUCACUCCUGCUCCUAAUAACCACCUCCGAAUUUGUCAGAGCGAUUUGGUCUCCUCUGGCAGGCUGUGGUGGCCACAUAAAGGAUCUUCCAUUAGAGGGACACAGGACACAAAGCUCCAUUCCCACUACCCUCUCUUCCCUGUGUCUCCCCUACCAAGGCAAUCUGGAAGCAGAAAUGCAAACUCCAACCCCACGACACAUCCAUUGAUGCAUUUGUGGCUAGAGAUUUGAAUCUAAACUUAAAAAAAAAAUCAUAAUAGUUAGGAUCAUCUCCUACAGCAAAGGGCUCCUUGAUUCAUAAGCACCACCCCCCCAGAAAAAACAAAACAAAUUAGUAGAAAUUCAUUUUCUUAAGUAGAGCAAUAAGUUCAUACUAUGUUGCCUUUGUAAUAAUGAAUUGUUCUGGCCUAGAAAACAAAAUGAGGCAUUUUGUUAAGGAGGUAGGAAAAUGGCUGGCUGUUGGGCCCUUUGGCAAAAGCUGGUGCCUGGUAAGUAGAAAGCGAAAUGGAAGCAAGUAAGAUUUGUGAAAUCACUGGAGGGCUCAAGCAAAUGCCAGAGCUUCUCCCUGGCUUGUUCCUACUCGUUGAGCUCUUUGGCCCUGAGUCCCAUCCAUCUCCUCUGAGACAGUCUGUCUUUCUGCCUACAUCCACCUGAGACCAAGGAGGGUCUUCGUUAGUACAGUCCACAUUAUGAGGCUCUGAUUUCCAUCCCAGUUUAGGGCUCCAGAAAAGCCAUUCUCCCAAACUAAUGAUUCUUGGGUGCUGUGGGAAUCAAAGACUCACCAACAGGCUGUUUACCGAGCAGAAAAUAUCAUCACCAUCAUCACCUUUCUCCUUGAAAAAACUUAUUUUUUUCUCAUCAAUUUUAUAUUUUAGAAUAUCAUCUUGAACCGUUACAAAACACCUUAAAUAAAAGUGACUGUGACUAAGGCAUGUUGGAGAACAUUCCAAAACUCUUUCUUCCCAAGGGUUCUGGCACCUUAUGAUGUACUUUGUAAAAAAUUGAUUGAAGAUUUUAAAUAAACAGGAAAUUGGAAGUGUUUUUUAGAGUUGGAUAAAGGAAAAGUGAAAAAGCAUAAGAAAUCUGGGAUAUUUUCACGUUGAAAGGAAAAAAAGCACAAAUUCCCUAGUUACCAUUUAAUAUGAGGGUGCAAGAGCCGCAUUUACAACCAGCUAUGAUCUUUGAAAAUGUUUUUAAAACUCUCUGCGUCUCAGUGACUUCAUUUGUAAAUGAGAGUGAUUCCUCUAGAUGACUCUAAGGUCCCUUCAGGUCCCAGGGCACAUGAUCUAAGUUAGGAGUGGGAACAUGGGAGCGGCUGCCUCUUCCUGGCUAAACGUUUGGAGACUAUUGUGUCCAGGGCUGGAAUAAUCAUCCUUUAUGCUGCAUCACCCAGGCAACACUCUCAGCCUUACUCACGAGUGGUGAACAUUUUCUGCUCUGGACGUAGAAUAGGUAGGUUCAUUCCUGUGCUUUUCACCUUAGCGUCUUUUUAGGUUCAAGAUGCAAAUUUCUCAUUUCGGAGAAAUGAUAGUCACCAUCACAAUUAAUUGUAAUUAAGGGAAAUGAAUUAUUAUAACGAUUUAAAAAUGGCCAGCACCUGAAUCACGUUGGUCAAAUUUCACCGCCUGUUCUAGGGUUUUCUUCUCAAUUUCAUCCCUCCUUUCCCCCUUUUUUUUUUUUUUUUUUGGUUCAAGGCCCAGCUUCAGUUAAUCCCUUCAUCUCUAUUCCAUGUUUCCAAUUCCUAGUACGUAACUAGAGGUUCAAGAGACCCCAAAUUCCUGCCAUUUUCCCCAUUUAUGUUUCCCCAUGUGGAUCUUCAGGAAGUAACCAGUCUUCCUUCUCACUUCAUUUCCUGUCCUCUGUUUAUUUGGUUGUUUUCUUUCAUUAAUAAACUAACCAUCUCUUAGCUACUUACAUUCAUAAAUGUAAUUUUAAUCUAUUGUUUUAUUGUCAAAGGGAACCUCAUUGAAGGAAGGAAAGGCGAAAUUGAGGAAUAAAGGUAGGAAGGGAGAGAAACAAAGACUAUUCAACCAUUUGACUGAGAUGUGAGCCUUCUUGACUCCUAGGAGACUAAGUAGAUCCAUUCAGCUUGAACACUGAGCUCCAGGGCAGAAUCUGUCCAUUUUCUAUUUUAUUCUUACUUGCUGCUUUUGGAAUGGUGGUAAAGCCACCAAUUGCCAUGACCCUUGAAAGGAUCUUCACUAAUUAGGACUGACUCACUCUCUUUAAAAAGCAAAAGAAAGAGAAUUUACUUACAAUCUUCUGGCAAAUUACCUUUCUGCCCCUCUCCUCAUUCCCAAAAGGCAUUUUAUUUUAAUCCAGCAGAGAUGAUUUAGCAUAUAAAUCCCAUGGUCAUUUGAGGAGGUGAUGAUGCUAUUUGGAUUUAUUUAUGAGAGAGUAGUAAUGAGAAAUGAUUCCUAGACAGUUUGUACUAGUUCGGUCAUAUUGGUUGUUUAAGUGCAGUCUCUUCCAAUUGGUUGUUUCCAAUAAAGUAUCACUUGUUAAUAAUUUCAAGAAUUCCAUAAAAAUAAGGAAACUUGGAAAACAUUUUAAAUUUUAUUUCUUAAGAGACCACAGAGCCUAAUUUUCAAUUUUUAUGGUAAGCUUGCUUAAAACAUGUAUAGAAAGAAGCCUAUGUGCUCAAAGACAAAGGCACCUUUAGCCCUACAAUGGUUGGAAGCUCCAUGAUAUCAUAGCCCCACAUGGAUAGAUUGGAGAAAGAAUUCUGACUUAGACCACCUGUAGCAGACUUUCCUCUUUUGACAUUUUUUUUUUUUAUCACAGAAAGGACCUGAGACUCCUUAUCUAAAGAUAAGACAAACUUGGGGUAUACAUUAAGAAUCCAGGAAGACAGAAAAAAAGAAAAAGAUAUAAUAAGCAGUAUUUUAAAAUACCAUCAGUUAUGGGCAUGCAUCUGGUACAAAGAGUAGUUCUUUAGGUUGGAAGAAAGAAGAGUUUGCAUUGAACUGCAUGGGCUGGUAAGAAUGCAGAGGCAUAUAAUGCUUGAUGGGCUUUGGAGGCAUUUCAAUAGUAAUUGGGUGACAGGACUGGAAUGAUGUGUAAUAUGAGGGUUUUCCAGGGAGAUGGGACUUAAUGGGCCAUGAUGUAUUUGUAGAAAUGUGAUUUCAAUAGAUUGACUAUUUUGUCUACUGUGUUAAGUUUGUGUAGGGGAACUAGGGAAAACUGAGAUGCGACGUCAUGGAAGGGGCUACAAAGUACAGUCUAAAGGCCUAGAUAAAAGCUUGAAACUUGAUUUAGAAAGUUAUGAAAAGCCACUAAGAGUUUUAAGCAAAGAGUGAUGGGGCAGCAAUGGCUGUGCAUUUUUCAGGCUGAAAGUAGUGAGAUGUCAGUUCUUCCUGGAAAAUAUCAUGAGAAUGCACACAAAACUGAACAAAUUCUCAGCAGCAAGGAGUGCUAAAGGGUGCCCACUCCAAGUCAACAAUUCACCGUGUGCAACACCCCCCUUCCUCACGCAUUUGGCUUUGCUUUCUGUCACAGGACCAUCAGACGUAGAACGUCCUGACUCUCCUGAAUUACUAGAAUGUCAGCAACAAACUCACAAAGUAGAUUAGAGGGUAGGAAUGGAUACAUAAAUUUUUAAAAAUUGGCCAAUCAUACUAUUUUCUAGACAGUAAUAUAAUAAGAACAUGAGGCAGGACAUCCACAAAUUGUAGAGAAUAAUUAAUAGUCCAGAACUGCCAAAUAGGAAUUUCCAUUAUGAAAACAUCCUUGCAGCUAAUCAGGGAGCGCUUGCUUAGAAACCUGUUAGCACCCGUUAAAUAUUUGUAAAAGGAGCGGAUGGGAGAGAAAUGAGCACACUAUAGGUACUGCCAUCAAUCAGCUUAUAAUACAACUAAAGAAAGAAAACAUGCUCAAAGCGCCAUUAGAGAAAGGGUGAGCCCUAACGAUAUAGUUUCACAUUCAAUAUGGUAGGAGGUGAAACAAGGGAGAAAUGCUGUGGUUUGAAGUGGUUCAGCAAGGUAGGAUUUCUAGAGAAAGGGGGGUUUAGGAGUUAGAUUAGUAGAGGGUCAGCAUUCCAGGUAUGAAGGCAGGAUUAUCUGGCAUGUGGCAGGGUGGGUGAUGUUCAUCAGUAACUGCUAAUUGAUAUUUACUGAGCAGCUGUUGUGUCCUCACGACUGUAAGGCUAUUAGAGAAAGAUAGCCCGCCUGCCUAACUGGGAACACAAGGCACACAUAUAUUGGAAAGGUCACGUUGCACAAAACAGGUGUUCAAUAAAUAAUUUUUUAAUAAAUGUGAACACUCAAUAACAAAUAAAUGUUACAGAUUGUAAUAGUUGUAGAAGAUUGGUUGGGAUUGUAGUGACUGGAUAUGGGGCAAUGGCUGUGGGUCUAGAGUAUAUUCAUUGUGCAGUGAACACACACCUAAUCUGUCCUCAAGGACAGAACCAUGUGGAGGAAUAGGAAAACAAGAGAAGCAGGCAGGAAGGGGAGGCCGUGAGUAUGACAGCUAAGAAAUGUUAUAUUGGGUUCAUCCAGAGCAGGAAAAGCUGAGAGCUGUCCAUGAGAGAAGGCCCCAUAGGCAAGACGAGUGGGACAGGGGUGUGAAGAAGUGGGCUACAACAGGCCCUGCAGAUGUGGAAGCCAGAUCCACAGAGGCACUUAGAAAGUGAGGAUCCUGGAUGAAUUAUUUUAGGGAGAAAGUAUAGGUUUAGAUCAGCUGGCAGAGAUGUGUUUGUAAGCUAAAGUCAUGUUUUUCAGGACUAAAAAGGAGCAAAAUAAGUAGACCUUCUUGGGACAGGAGAUCUAGGGUACUCCGGAACCAGGAAAAUGAGAAAUAAGAGGGGAAUUUUAAGAAAGAGAGGACAGAUCAUCUAUGAGGCUGGAGAUGAAAGGUGUUGGAGAUGGUGAUGCAGAAGUCAAAGGACUCACUCGAAGGACUCACUCUGCUUAUUUGUCCAUAUUCCCAGAGCUUGUCAUGAGAUCUGGCCCGGGUGGGCAGUCACUCAGCCACUAUGUGUCACUGUGGCUGCCAUGGUGGAUGGAGGCUGGACAGGUAGUGUGGCGAUUGGCAGUCUUUCUGGAGGACUCAGGAGGGAGGGGUUUCAAGGUGGGCAUCACCUUUCACGUUCCUGUCCAUGUCUGUACUGUUCUUCUUCCCUCCCUGAACAGCACACACCCUGCACCCUUAGUUUCAGGGGUCUGAAAACAAAUGCUACAACCACACUGCUUUGGUGGCUUUUCUGAACAGGCAGUGUGAGAAGAGAUGUUCUGGCCAGGUGAAAGUGGACUUUAUCUUUAGGUAGGUUUUUCAGUUUAGAAAGGUUUCCUUUGCUUAUCCCUUGAGGACUUCUGUGCUGCUGCUUCUCCUCCGUCUUGCUAGUUAACAGAACAGGGGCAGAAGUGACACCAGUGCUCUUGGCCUUGCCUGCUUUGGGAAGCACUACUGGGCCCCACUGUUUAGAAUGUUAGAUGGAAAUGUACACAAGGCACUGGCACACGCCUGCCAGAGUGACCCAGUGCUUCUCUCCCAUGGGACUCAGGGUCAGCAUGGGAAGGCUGCUGGCAGGGACAGGAGCCCCACCCACAAGGUGGACCGAGCCUCACUUCCACACAAAACCAGAAUCCCAUCUGCCCCAGAGCACUCGCUCUCCUCCCCUUCCUUCCGCUCAAUACGGUCUGACAUGCCUUUGGCCAGAACUGCAAAAUUUCAAACAUAAACCCAGAUCUGUUGGGAAAUCCUAAUUAAAAACGUUCCAUUCCCAGGUGGCACAAUCACAUCCUGCCUAAAACUUCUGGCCCACAUCCCACCACCCAGAUGUUGAAAAGAAACCUUCCUCUGCGUAACACCAAAACUUGCACUUCAAGGUUUCUUUAGGGGACAAAGAAAAAAAAAAAGUACACACAUGCAGAGUGCAGCCUACAUGUUCAUUAAGGAAAAAGAGCGUGGCUUAUUCAUCUUUCGAUCUUUGUUGGCAUUAUGAUUAUGAUUAUGAUUAUGAUUAAUUACUCUGACCUGACAGGAAUUGAAGAAGAGAAUAUAUGCUGGUGCUCUGAAAUGAUCUACCCAACUCUGUCAUCUGUAACAACCAGUGAUAACUCUCUUGUCUUGUAAAAAGGGUUUGUACAUAACUUGUACAUGGUUUCAUUUUGUAUUUUUCGCAGAUUAAAAAUUUAUGUAUUUGUGUUCUAAAA